CUGCUACUGAUGCUGGAGGACAAGUCCUGGCAGUCAGAUUCUCUCGCAGCUUCUCGGGAUGUCGCAACCCUCACAGCCCCUUGGCUCCACUUCAGCUCCACUUCAGCCUGCCGGGAGUUGUGAAAUUGAUACUUUUCCAUUGUGACAUGUCUGGCUCCUCCCCCUCCCUAUAAUAAUAAUAAUAAUAAUAAUAAUAAUAAAAAGAAGAAGAAGAUGAAAAGAAUUGGGGUGAGGAGGCAAUAGAUGAGGCUGCUGCUGCUGCUCUCCGCCCAGGAGUCGGGACAAAGCCUUAUAUGGCCGGGGUCGGCCGCCCCAGUGUAUCAGUGAGUGGGGGGAGCAGCUGAGGGAGGUGCUGAAGGGACAGCUCCCCGCGUCUCACUCACUCACUAAAGCCGCAGCUUCAGCCUCCAGUUGCUCCUUCUGCUGAGCCGAGACAAGAGGCCGGACCUCUGAGGGACCCUCUGAUGCCAAGCCAAGCAGCCGGACCUCUGAGGGACCCUCUGGUGCAGUCAUGACCUGCGAGUGCAGAGCAGCCCCCCAACAGGCAGCCCCCCAGCUCCCCAAAAGCAACAGCCCCUGAAAAUGAAGAGGCAGAACGUGAGGACGUUGGCUCUGAUCCUCUGCACCUUCACUUACCUGCUGGUGGGGGCCGCCGUGUUUGAUGCGCUGGAGUCUCAGGAGGAGACCAAAGACAACGAGAGUCUGAGGAAGAAGAAAUGGGACUUGCUGAACGACUACAACCUGACCGAGGACAAUUACCUGGAGUUGGAGCGAGUUGUUCUCAAACUGAAGCCUCACAAGGCGGGAGUACAAUGGACCUUCGCCGGCUCCUUCUACUUUGCCAUCACUGUGAUCACUACUAUAGGUUAUGGCCAUGCAGCACCCAGCACGGAUGGAGGCAAAGUCUUCUGCAUGUUUUACGCCCUACUGGGAAUCCCACUCACCUUGGUCAUGUUCCAGAGCCUGGGCGAGAGGAUCAACACCUUUGUCAAGUAUCUCCUCCACCGUAUCAAGAAGUGCCUUGGCAUGAGACGGGCUGAGGUCUCCAUGGCCAACAUGGUCACCAUUGGGUUCUUCUCUUGCAUCAGUACCCUGUGUAUCGGGGCUGCUGCUUUUUCUUGCUAUGAACAAUGGAGUUUCUUCCACGCCUACUAUUACUGCUUCAUCACGCUGACCACUAUUGGGUUUGGAGACUACGUGGCCCUGCAGAAGGACGCGGCUCUACAGAAUAUGCCCCAGUACGUUGCCUUUAGUUUUGUCUACAUUUUAGCUGGGCUCACGGUCAUUGGCGCAUUCCUCAACUUGGUGGUACUCCGUUUCAUGACUAUGAAUGCCGAAGAUGAGAAGAGAGAUGCCGAGCACCGGGCUUUGCUCACCCAGAAUGGUCACUCCAGCAUUCACACCACCGACACCAGCUCUUCAUCGGGUGGAUUUCGGAACGUUUAUGCCGAGGUGCUCCAUUUCCAGUCCAUGUGUUCUUGUUUAUGGUACAAGAGUAGAGAAAAGCUCCAGUAUUCUAUCCCAAUGAUCAUCCCUAGGGACCUUUCCUCUUCAGACACUUGUAUAGAGCAGGGGAACCUCACCCCGGGCAGGUGCAUAAGUACGCCAUCUAAUGGGUGCAUCUGUAACACCCAGCACUCGGCCAUCAGCUCAGUUUCUACUGGACUCCACAGUCUCUCCACCUUCAGGGGGCUCAUGAAGAGGAGGAGUUCUGUGUAGGGGGAUAUUCCUUGCUGGGAUCAGAGCAUCUACAGCAAAUCUAGUGUGGGGCCAUUGCAGGAAAUUGCCGGUCAAAUUCUCCAUUGAUAAUUUAUGUCCAUUUGUCUGUUCCAGUAUUGUGUGUCCAUCUUGGAAUUUUUUAAGGUCCAACACUGGUCUGUAGACCAUAUUUGAUGCCAUAGUGCAAGUCUGUCUGACAAGGGUCCAUAUCAUUUUCUAGGCUUGUGCUUCCGGCCAAAUGGAAGAAGAUCAUCAGGACUGUGGGGCCACACACAAGCCAAUAGGCUGCUAAUGUAAUCCAGUGAGGCAUUGCCAAUAGCUGAUUUCUAAACCUUGAAUUUAACUUGUUCCUCAGAGAACAUUACAGACUGAGAUAAGCAUGGGCCCCAGUUUGAUUGAAACCCUCCAUAUCUCAGGUAAUGACCAGCUGGCCUAUCCACUUAUUGACCGUCUCACCUCUGAGUAACUGAGGUGAGACUGAGUAAUUACUAAACUCCGCUCCUACACAGUGGCUGCUGGUGAGAGGUACCUAAGGCUGGCAGGCAGAAGGUAAAGCAAGGAGAAAGCCCAGAUACCAUCAGGAGCAGCACAACCUAGUGUUCCUUAAAGCAGAGUGCAAUGCUUGUGCUCCUUCAGUCAGUCUAAAGUAGGGGUUCUAAAAUCUUGGAUUCAUAAGCCCCUGUAUCAUUCAGCAUUUAGGCUAGGGUUACCACUUUCCCCCCCCCCGACGAACUUCGAGGGGAGGUGGGGCCGUGACAUAGCAGUGUGCGGGACUAUGACGUGAUGGGGUAGGACUGUGAAGUCGGGGGCGGGGCUAUGAUGUGGCGAUUGGCUGAUCAUCUCGUCAGUCUCAGGAAAUCCUUUCCAGUUUUGAUAAUUUGGAAAACCCGGGCAGCCAGAUUUGACCUGAACAGUCCUUCAAAAAACCGAGCUGCCCGGGUCAAAACCGGGCCGUGCUCACCCCAAAUCUCCCCCUAACUGAGCUUCAGGCUGGGCCUCCUUAGCUCAUAACAAGGUUACAGAUAUAUAGAAACAUUGUGGUAACAGUCACCUGCUAUAUUUCCAGUGGUACCCAGGGUACAAAUAAGCACUCACCCCAAAUCUCCCCCUAAAUGACCUUCAGACUGGGCCCCCUUAGCUCAUAACAAGGUUACAGAU